AUGGAAGCUCCUGAUCCUACAAAACAGAAUCAUGGAAGUGCAUCGGUAACGACGGAAGGCGGUCAGAUACGAAUCCGUAAGGGACAAAGCUACGAGGAUUUUCUUAUACAAAAGAAUCGGUUUUUGCAGGAAGGUCCCAUCAUCAACGAGCUUGGAACCUUUAUGGAAAUUCCAAUAGGAGUCGUUAACCUUUGCUCGGCAGACAGUAUAAUCAGAGGCCAAAUAGUUCAUAGUUUAGAGCGACGUUAUUAUUUGGGUCAUUUCGAGGAUUGUCUCAACAUUUGUGAUAGACUUAUAAGCAAGCUAGAACUAGAAUCAAGCGACAAACAAGAACGCAAACAGUACGAGAAAUUAUUCAAACAGCUCGCAGAUAUUCAAGAGAGAUGUCUCAGUAAGCUGACCAGCACGUUAACGACUGAUGAAGAGAGAAAAACAUAA